AUGAUGCUGCAGUGGAACCUAUCAUUACUUCUCAGGAUUUCAUUUUUGAUGCUGAGCGCCACGACUCUGGCCAGCUCACAAGAAACUGAAGAAACAGUCACGUACACAGCAUCUCUCGGGAACAGCUUCGAGUGCCUCAGCGAGGUCAAUGCCGCGCGUGAGGCAGCUGGGUUGGCCAACUUCAAAGAAAUGGGAGAGGAAGACAAAUUGAGCAGUCCGCAGCCACCAGAUCUAGAAGAUGGCAGCCAGUGGAAAAAGCUUUGCGAACACUUGAUCCCAAAAACGGAAACCGCAGCUCAGUCAAAAUCAACGAAUCCCUUUGAGGCCGGAACAUAUGCUUUCAAGUCCCUAACUGCCGAGCAACCCAACUGCAAGGAAACGGUUGCUUACUGGAAGGCAGCCUACAAAAACUUCACUGGACUCCCGCCAUCAAGGAAGGAAGCUGGAACACUGUACAAUAAACAAGACAACGUUUCCUUUGUAGCUGUGUACACAUCUUAUGCCACUGCAGACUGCCGAGUCGUCACGUGCACUCAAACGAAUACCUCUACUGCAGGACCUGUAGAGGUGACAACGGAUGGGGGCAGCGCGACUACGAAAAAAGGCUACGCGUUGCUUUGCAAGACGAUGCCUGCUGCCUUUGCAAGUGACACGUCUGCUCCAUUCACCUUCGAGUGCCUCAGCGAGGUCAAUGCCGCGCGUGAGGCAGCUGGGUUGGCCAACUUCAAAGAAAUGGGAGAGGAAGACAAAUUGAGCA